AUGGAGAGCCACAUGUCCCUACCGUCAUCAGGGAAUGGAAUCACCGGCGGCCUUGAACGGGUUUUGACCCGUCUACUAAUGGGGUUCCGGAGGCUAUUCAGCGAUAGACCUGACUCGUGCGAGAAGGGGCAACAUGAACUCCCAGCUUUUGACUUGUUCGCCUCGACUCACGUCUUGGCUCUGUUACGCGACAACCUGAGAUCCGGAAAGGGUGCUGUAUUAGGUUUGGAGUACCGCGGUUCCACUUUUGCUACUGGGAUUCCUCGGAGAUUCGCACUCCAGGUCGAUGCCCAGAAUGCCAAUAGUGGUUCAUUCCCUUUAGAAGCUAGCCUUCAAUUGACUUUCAUAGAAAUCGAUCCGUUUUUGCUUCCGGAGUGGUUCAUAUCUGAAAUAAACAUUGUCGUAUUUGGGUAUGUUCUCGGUCGGAACACAGGUUCCCCAUGGUCUAGGGCCGGAUCGCAGGCUUAUUGA